AUGGCCGAGAGCUUCGGCGGCGUGGUACCGAAUACGUGCAGUCCCAAUGAGCGCCAUGUCUUUGCCGCAUCGGAUGGCACGCUCUCCGAAGGUUCGUUUACAUGCAUCGGCCCACUGCCAGCGGUGUGCGGAAGCCCCAACGAAGAGGUCCCACGUAACGUUCCCGAUAGUAGCAGCGGCAGCAGUAGCUUAGACAGCCUAUACCACCGAAUAUUAGAUAACAAUGAGUUCGAGAAGCUACACUCGAAAGCUCGUGUGGAACACCCUGUAUUACCUCCAUCGAAGGUCGCUUCGGGCCUAGAUAACCGUUUGAAACCGCUCGGUGACGGUGGCAAGACGGCUCCACGCGACGCUGAGCACCUACCGCCGGGCGAAAGUUUCAUGCUGCUCGACGACAGUGUCUACAUUACACCGGGCCACCGGCCGGCACGGGUGGACCACGCCACGGGCACCGGGAUCUUCGGGACACGCACGAACUUUGGCGAACAAAUCAUCUUUCUCAAUGGGCCGGAUCUGCUCGAAUCGAGCGUCGAGCUGGUCGAACCGGUGGCCUCCCGGGCGCAAAUGGGAAAACUUCCACGCCAAGUUCGCACCCCGUUCGUCCGAGCGGAAGAAGGCGAGUACGACGAACCGCUGGCCCUGCCGCUGCGACCCAUCGUCCGCGAUCCGGCCGACGAGCAGCUGGCCGAGGGCAACGUGGUGGUGGUGUACGCGGACCAGCGCGAAACGGUGCGGCUCAACUGCGAGGUCGACGCCGACAUCACGUCGAGCGUGUGGCUCAAGGACGGCCAGAUAGUGCACGCGAUGGACAAAAAGUCACGAACCACCGAUAUCCGGUUUGUGCGCGAACCAUUCGGGGCGCUCACCAUCACCAACGUGAUGCUGGAGGACGACGGUAUGUGGCAGUGCGAGGCGGAGAAUGCCCGCGGCUUCUUCUUCAACGGCCGUCCGAUCAAGCUCAUCGUGCUCGAUCCGCCGAAGGCGCCGUAUCUGCUGAUCGAUUCGCGGCGCCUAGAUGCCAGCAAUAUGUUCAUCCCGGCGAAGGAGAACGCCGAGCUGACGCUGGCGUGCGUCAGCGAGGGGGGCAACCCGAAACCGAUGCUCAGCUGGGAGGUGCUCCUGAGCCCCGGACUCGACCGCCACGCACAGAAACUAUCGACCGACGUGCUGGAGCUGCAGGAGAUAAAGAAGGAGCAGGACCGGGAACCGUACAAGAUCAACGGCGGGGCCGUUUCGGAGGCGAAGCUGGCGGCCGUCUUCCGGGUGCACCACAACGCGCGGAUCCUGUGCAUCAUGGAGCACCCGACGCUGAAGGUGCGCCAGAACGCAUCCAUCCUGCUCGACGUGCAAUAUACACCAUCGUUCGCCAUCACCCGGACGCCGGGCUUCGGAUAUCCGCUGCGCGAGGGCAUCGCGGUGUCGCUGAAGUGCGACGUUGACUCGAACCCACCCAGCACGCCGGUGUGGCAGAAGGACGACGGCGAGACGCCGGUGCCGCAGAUCGGCGACGGGUUCCUCAACUUCAGCUCGAUCCGCCGGGAGCACUCCGGAUGGUACAAGUGCACCUCGCGGCACCUCAACUUCCAGUACUCGAGCAUCGGGUACUACCUGAGCGUACGCUACGAACCGGUCGACGUAACUUCCGAGCCAGUCGAACAGGACCUCUCCCUGUCGGCCUUUUCACCCGCCUCCUCCUCCUCCUCUUCAUCCGCCGAUCCAUCGUCACCGUCAGCCUCAUCGUCGUCGGCAGUGUCCGCCUCAAAUGGUGGGACCGCCCCAAACAGCUCCACGGGCUCGGCGAUCGGUGGAAGCUUCUUCAACGACGGCCAAAUGGAGGUCGAACUCGGUGGCUCCGUUACACUGCAGUGCCCUCAAGGAUCGCUCGGUUGCUGGUCCCACCUAGAUUCGGCCUCGGUCCGGCUGAAGGGACUCUCCGGCCACAGCUACGGGCAGCUCUCGCUGAAGGACGUCGUCUACCAGGACGCCGGAACGUACAAGUGCGUCGGCCAGAGCCAGCCCGGAAACCACAGAACGAAACCGGAAGUGCCUCGGACUGUUUCGCUUGCGGUCAAAGUCACUCCGAAAGUAUCGGCAAGGAACUCCACACCGACCGCCGCUCCGGGGGCCUCACUACAUCUGUCGGUCGAGUUCUGUGCUAAUCCACCCGCAUAUGCAGCCCGGUGGCUGCACGGGGAUCAAGUGUACACACCCGGGAAUCAGUACGGAAGCGAAGUCCUGGCGUACGGGCUAACGGACUUGCCGACGCCGCACUGCAAGGAGACACGUCUGACCUACGUGCACAUGAACGAGCGGGUCGCCAGGACCUUCUACUUCCUCGUGUCGUCGCCGGGCGGCGUGGCCGAGGCCGUCUUUCGGGUGAACUUUACGCAAACGAAAAAGCACAAACCGACGAACGCUCGGGGACCGUCCGGGAGUGCGGGUUCAUCGUUCGCUUCGCACCCACCGUUCACUUCCGGCACGGGGAAGUCGGGCGGCGCCAACCUCAAGUCACACAGCACUCACCCGCUCAACACGUUGCACGGCAACAAACUGGACGACGGCCAGGAGGUGAUGACGGAACCGGAAGAGAUACAUUUUCCCAUCAACAGCAGCAGUGGCGCCGCCGGAGGUGCACUUCCGGUGCACGGCGUCAUCACGCUCCUCACGGGCUGCAUAGCUCUUGCAUCCUCUUGCUGCGAUAGUUUGCUUCGGUUUCGGUUUCGGUUUUGA